AUGAGCGGAGGCGGCGGCGGGCACGAGGAGCCCUUCUACCCGUUGCACAAGGCGUCCUUGUCCGUAGGAUUCCACCUGGAAGACUUCGGCUUGGAGUGUAAGAUGAGCGACGCGGACAGAGGCGGACACAGCGUCUUCUCCCAGGCAAAGUGCGAGAUGGACCGCUAUCUCUCUCCACAGCCGCUUCAAGACACACAAAAGUCCCAAAGAAACGGUGCCACAGGGGUAGAUCCCUUCUUUGAGGAGGACCAUACCGCGGCUCCCUAUACCCUCAAUAUGAAUCUCUUCCUUCCCGACGUGGCUUACACGAGAUCUGGCUUGGCCCAGCCGCAGCGGCCCCCUCAGGCCCACGGGGACCUCGUCCAGGUCAAGACUGAAUCGGCGGCGCCGUGCUUCUCGCAGAACCCCCACGUGCCCACGAGUAGCUGUGGUGCCAUGGAAACCUCAGGCGUCAACAUGGCAGGGUUACCUGACUUCACCAGCGCUUUCAAUCAACCUGGUGGUGAGUCCCUGCCAGAGGUGUUCAUCAAACAAGAGAUGACAUCGCCUUUUGAGGAGCAGCUCCAUCAGCAUGAUGGGGGCGCCUCACUCUUCCAGCUCUUGAUCUCUGGUUUGGAGCAUCACCAUGGCAAUGGCAUAGAAGCUCACCAUCAACGUGACCCUCAGCAGCAGAACCUUUCGCAUUCCUCAGCCGUCCACACGCCCUUCCGUACCACCCAACAAGAUCAGACUGCUAAGUCUUCCUUCUGCAGCAGGGCUCCUUACCCCCACGCCCACUUCUUCCAACAGCAGCAGGCACCCUACCUGCCGCCCUCGCCGCCCAGCUCCGAGCCAGGAAGCCCCGACAGGCAGAAAGAGCUUCUCCAUACCAUGUCGCCACCGCCCUCGUACGCGGCGACUAUUGCCUCCAAGCUGGCGGGCAGCCCACCCGGUCUUGUGCCCGACACACUGGCGCUGCCGCUCGCGUCACGCGUCGCUGCUACGGUAUCGGGUCAAGCGACACCGCUGCCCCAUGCACCCGCAGCCACGCAGGCCCUGACCACCGCCCGCUACAACCGCAGGAACAACCCUGACUUGGAGAAGCGACGAAUCCACCACUGUGAUUAUCCAGGCUGCAAGAAGGUCUAUACCAAAUCGUCCCAUCUGAAAGCCCACCUCAGGACCCACACGGGUGAGAAGCCUUACAGGUGCACGUGGGACAGCUGCGAUUGGCGUUUUGCCCGCUCUGACGAGCUGACCCGCCAUUACCGAAAACACACGGGCGCCAAACCCUUCCAGUGCGCUGUGUGCUCGCGUUCAUUCUCCCGCUCAGACCACCUGGCCCUGCACAUGAAGAGGCACCAGAACUAA